AUGACAGAACUCGCCUUCGCCAAAUCUUUUCUCUCCGCUCUCGAUGCCCGCCCGGUCAAGCUGCGGCCCGACCAUGUCGUUGACCCGCAGACGAUAGGAAUGCGUGGGCCAUACACCCUCCCCCGCCUCCAGGCCCCGCAUCCCCCGAUGCCGAAGAAGAUCAAGACGGCUGCAGCCCCCGGCUCGUUGAAAUCAGUCACCGUUCAGCUGAAAUCUGCCCGGAAUCCGGUCUUGGAGUUUUCCAUUGACAAUGCGCCCUUGGCGACGACCACGGUCCACGACCUGCGGGAGGCAGUGCGCGAGCGCGUCGUCGCCGGCGACGGCAGCACCAACGAGCCCGUGCCCGCGGACAAGAUCAAGAUCCUGUACAAAAAGAAACCUGUCGGCGGCAGUGCCGAGAAGACACUCUCCGAGAUCCUGGCGGACUCGGAGCCGGAUGCCCUGAGCGGAGGGAAGACGGUCGAAUUCGGUGUUAUGAUCAUGGGAGGCGCGAGCGUCAAGCCUGCUACCGCCCGGACGACAGCAGCAGCAAAGGCGCCAGCGACAGGACCAUCACCUCCCAAGCCCAAGCCCGGCCAGGAGAUCAUCCAUCUUCUCCCAUUGAAGAUGGAUGAACAGCGUCCCUCGACUCCGCCUCCUCCUGCGGAGGCCACCCCGUCGGGCCAGCUCCCGCGCGGUCCUCUGACGCCGGAGCAGCAGCGCCGAAUAGAAAUCAAUCGGAUGAAGGCGAAGGCGAUCCGUGAGCAACGUGAGGCUGAAGAGGCAAAGAAGGCAGCAGCAGCAGCUGCUGCACCGUCUGUCACCGGAGUCAAACGGUCGUUUGCCUCGAUGACUGCAUCAGACACCCCCGCGACACAGCGCGAUGGUCGAGCAAAUGGAGCGUCCACGGAUCGGCCGCUGGACGCGAUCCGGCCCGCGCGCAACUUUGCCAAGUACGUGGAUUACGAUUUCAGCAAGAUGACCGACACCAAAGGCGGGUUCCUGACGGAGGAGGACGAUCCGUACAACAAGGCGCUGCACGUGCGGGACGGCAAGGAGGAGCAGAAACCGGCGCACAUGACGCAGCGCGAGUGGGAGCGACACCAGCUGCUCGAGCGUCUGCGUCGGGAUCGGGCGGGACCGUUCGAGCCGGGCCUCAGCGUGCUGGACGACAAGAGUCAGCAGAAGACGUGUCGCGAGUGCGGCAGCCUCGAGAUCGACUGGAAGUGGGAGGAGUGCUUCAAGUGCUGCGUGUGCAGCGGUUGCAAGGAGAAAUACCCGGAGAAAUAUAGCCUGCUUACGAAGACGGAGGUGAAGGAGGACUAUCUCCUGACAGACCCGGAACUCCGGGAUCAAGAGCUGCUGCCGCACAUGGAGAAGCCCAACCCGCACAAGGCCACGUGGAACAACAUGAUGCUCUACCUGCGGUACCAGGUGGAGGAGUAUGCCUUUUCGCCCAAGAAGUGGGGGUCUCCGGAGGCGCUGGACGCCGAGUUCGAGCGUCGCGAGAGCGAGAAGAAGCGCCGGCGCGAAGCCAAGUUCAAGACGAAACUGCAGGAUCUGAAGAAGCGGACGCUCGUGGAGGCGUACCGUCGCAACCGCAACGGCGCGGCGGGAGGGAAUUUCGGAGACGACCUGGGAGGUGGAGGGCGACAUGUCCAUCAAUGGGGGCGGGCGGUAGAGAAUCCGGAGACGGGGAUCGGCGUGAAGAAGUGUGUGGACUGUGGGAUGGAAGUCGAAGAGCUGGAAUUCUGA